UCUUGUACUUUUAUUAAUGAAGCUUUUGUACGCCAAACAAUCCCUCGCUUUGACCACCGAGCGCAUAGCUCGAGCGGAUCGAGAACCCCUCAUAACUCGGAGGUGAUCUAAAAAUAACGCCAUCAGACGACACACGCCCGCAACUGCGUUCCGAAUAAAUUACUUAGUAACCGUCUCGUCAAGGAUGGAUCCAUUGCUCUUCUUCGAUUGCCUAAUGUACCUCAACAACUACUACUAUUACAUGUUCACAAUGUCGAAUAUAGCGAUUUGGAUAGCGAAAAAUCUGAGUGACAAUGACGACUACAAUACGCCAAAUAUAGUAAGGGACGCGUACAUCGCCGCCAGUUUGACCAUCUCCGAGUUGCUCAAGAUAAUUCUGUUUCGGAAGUUUCGGCACCGAUAUACAGGAUGGUCAGUGGUACUAGCGGUAUUCCUAACGAUUGUCUCGAUGCUCGCACUGCUCUACGUCUUCCUGAUCCAGUGGCCCGUGCUUCGGCUAGAGUUCUGCCUGGACAUAAUGCUCUUCGUCCUGCUAGCCUUCGAGGUGGUAUGCGGAGUUAACGUGUUCCUGCCCUGUUGCAACCAAGAGGAGUACUGACCAAUUUAGCUAUUUUGUACAUAUUUUUCGUAAAAUAAACUUGCUCUGCUUA